CAAUCCCAGUUUGACCCGGAUUUGACCUUCUCGGUUUUAAAAGUAGGGCACCUGCCUUCCCAGAGAUCAUUGCGAAAACAGAACUCCGAUGGCUAGCAUGUUUCAACCAGGGGCCGGGGCGAUUCCGGCCACUUUAGUCGAAAUUUCAGUUUCUUGCAGGAAUUUACAUGAUAUGGAUGUUUUUUCAAAGUCAGACCCUUUAUGUGUUUUAUAUGUCAAAGAUCGUGGAUCUGAGAGAUAUAGAGAGUUGGGUCGUACAGAGGUCAUAUGGAACAACCUCAAUCCAGAUUUUGUCAAGAAGUUCACAAUGCAUUACUUCUUUGAAGAGAGGCAGAUGUUAAGAUUUGAGGUGUUUGAUGUAGACUCAAAGAGUGCAGACCUCAGCAAACAUGAUUUCCUGGGACGUAUGGAGUGUAGUCUGGGCGAGGUUGUCAGUGCAGGCAGGCUGCAGAAACCAUUGACGGGACAAAACAUUAAGAAGGGAGCCAUAAUAGCAGUGACAGCAGAUGAAAUGACUAGUUGUAAGGAGGAAGCGACCAUGCAGUUUUUUGGUAGAAAGCUGGAUAAGAAGGACUUCUUUGGCAAGUCAGAUCCCUUCCUUGUGUUCUACAGGAGUAAUGAAGAUGGGAGUUUCACUGUGGUGCACAAAACAGAAGUCAUCAAAAACACACUGAACCCAAACUGGAAUGUCUUCACCAUUCCUGUGAGGUCACUGUGCAAUGGAGACUAUGACAGGAGUAUCAAAGUGGAAUGUUAUGACUGGGAUAGAGACGGAGGGCAUGACCUGAUAGGUGAAUUUUUUACAACACUGAGGGAGCUCUCCAAGGGAAAAUGUGGACAAAAUGAAUUUGAGUGUAUUAAUCCAAAGAAGAAGGCCAAAAAGGGAGCCAAGUAUAAAAAUUCUGGAGUGAUCACUGUAGAGAGCUGCAGAGUUGUACAAGUUCCAACAUUUUUAGACUACAUUAAAGGAGGCACCCAGCUCCAGUGCACUAUAGCCAUAGACUUCACUGCAUCCAAUGGGGACCCCAGGACUCCGACCUCUCUUCACUAUAUCAACCCAUAUCAGCCUACACAGUAUGCCAUGGCUCUACAGGCAGUGGGCGAAAUUAUAGAAGACUAUGACUCUGAUAAGUUGUUCCCAGUGCUGGGGUUUGGGGCACGUCUGCCGCCUGAUGGGAGAAUUUCACAUGAAUUCUUUGUGAACAUGCACCCCACGGAUCCUUACUGUGCUGGCUUACAAGGAGUGAUGCAGGCAUAUUCCAAUGCUUUACAGAAAGUUCAGCUUUAUGGGCCCACAAACUUUGCUCCUGUUAUCAACCAUGUGGCCAGGUUUGCAUCUGCCAGGCGGAAUGGAACAGAUUAUUUUAUUUUGUUGAUAUUAACUGAUGGAAUUAUCACGGAUAUGCCUCAGACCAAAGAAGCCAUAGUAAAUGCUGCAUCCUUGCCCAUGUCUAUUAUCAUAGUAGGAAUAGGAGAAGCUGAUUUUGAUGCUAUGGUGGAGUUGGAUGGAGAUGAUAUCAGGGUGUCUUCAAGAGGAAGGUAUGCUGAGAGAGAUAUUGUACAGUUCGUGCCAUUCAGAGAUUUCAUCCGUUCCAACUCUGACAUGGGCAUUAGCAAGGCACAGCUUGCCAAGGAAGUGUUGGAAGAAAUCCCAGACCAGUUUAUCUCGUACAUGAAGAAACACAACAUCAAACCACAGCCCCCACAAGCAGUGCAGAGUUUGCCACCUGCUCUUUAGCUGAAAACAGAACAGGUUUUAUGACAAGAUCACACCACAUGGAGUAAUGAGCAAUGAGUAAUGAGUAAUGAGAUUUAUAAUUCAUUAUAAGUCAUUUGUUUUAAACAAGGAGAAAGACAGUGUUUUUUCAUAGCGGAGGCAUGGUAACAUUUGUACAUUAUAAACAGACCCCCUCCCCAUUCCCAGUUGUUGUACAUAGAUAAUGUAUAAAUCUCUCCUAACCUCAGUGUCUCAUUUUUAUGUACAAACAUGCUGCCUUGUUUUAAUUCCGGUAAUUGUAUAUACUUGUACGUAAACAGACUACUAUCUCUUUUGUAUUGUACUAGAGAUUAUUAUUUAUAAAAAGUAACAUUUUCUUUAGCAUAACACCUUGUAAAUGUUGACAAAUCAAAGAUGUUUUUGGAGGCAUGAAAGCCACUGUGUUAUCAGUAGUUCAGACUGCACAGACAAUAUUGUAGGUCCUAUCAUUAGUUGUAAACAGUGCUGCCAUCUAGGGAUUAAGCACAGAAUUAUUUUCCCAUGACCAGUUUAGGAGGCACGGGGACAGAGAAGCAAUAAUUAUUUAGCUGAGCACAGAAAGCAUUUAUAACUUAUGUAUGAAUCCCAUGCAAAGAAAACACACACUCUUUUAUGAAAUGUUGAGUGAUUUCUUUUAAAUGUUUUGAUGACAGAAAUAUGAAGAAAGGAGGAGAGAGAAAAAUAAUUAUACCCUUGCAUAUU